AUGGCCCCACCCUGGGUGCCCGCUGUGGGCUUCACACUGGUGCCCAGUCUAGGGGGCUUCCUGAGCACCCAGUUCGUUCGCGGAGAGAGUCUCAGCUGGUAUGCCAGUUUGCAGAAGCCCUCCUGGCACCCGCCCCGCUGGACGCUUGGCCCCAUCUGGGGCACACUCUACUCAGCCAUGGGGUAUGGCUCCUACAUGGUCUGGAAAGAGCUGGGGGGCUUCUCGGAGGAAGCCAUGGUUCCCAUGGGUCUCUACGCUGGGCAGCUGGCUCUGAACUGGGCCUGGCCCCCCAUCUUCUUUGGCGCCCGCUAUAUGGGCUGGGCCCUGGUGGACCUCCUGCUGACAGGCGGGGUGGCAGCUGCCACCACGGUGGCCUGGUACCGGGUGAGCCCGCCGGCUGCUCGCCUGAUGUACCCGUACCUGGCCUGGCUGGCCUUCGCCGCCAUGCUCAACUACUGCGUAUGGCGGGACAACCUUGGCCGGCGUAGUGGCCGGCGGCCCCCAGAAUGA